UGAAGCACUGAAGAAAGGGUAUUGAAAAACCGAACAAUCCCAAUAAUUGAUGCUGUUUCCAUAACAACUGUGUUGAACAAAAAGCCUUUUACCUUUCUAGCAGGGUUUGAACCUAUAGGUAUCGGAUGGGUUCACAUGAAAGAAGCGAAAAGUUAACCUGGUCGAAUAUUAUUUAAUAAGUGCAUUUAUGUUUAGAGUAUCACGCUUGAACACUGCCUACCUUAUCUUGUCAUCUUGUUACAUUGGCCAUCGACAACAGAACAUAACAGUAAUUAAUUAGCCAACUACGAGCUCACCAUUCAGUGAUGCUUGUAGAUGCAAAGAUAACUCAGGUAUUCAGAAAUUAAGCCGAUGUUAUAUAAAUGCUGAUUACAUGUACACACAUAUAAUAAAUUUCUAUAUAAGUUGGGGAAAAGUAGACACAAGUUCAUAGUCUAGUUAAAAAUGCUACCCAACUUACUGGAGCACAUAUUUUACUUCGCAUCACUCUACGUACUUGUGGUCGUUGUUCAGGCAGUUAAAUAUGACUUUGUCGUAGAAAACGAGGACGUGUUUACGCCAUGCGAAGACUUUCCAGAUAAAUUCAUAGAUAAGUUCUUCGACAUUUCUGGUUUAUCCUUUGAGCGGGAAGCCGACCUUAUAAAAGUCACCGGAGAUGUCAAGCUGAUCCAUGAAUUCGAUAAAGCUAUUCCUAUUCAGCUUGAUGCGCAGAUAUAUAAGAGGUCGCGCGGAGAGUGGGUUGACACUAUCUACAAUAUUCGCCGACCGGAUUUUUGUCCGACGCUGUAUAGUGAAAACGAGCUGUGGUUUAUAUUCACUAAAGUGGUGCCGGAGCAAGACCGCAAGUGUCCGCCGCAGCCUGGUCUCACAAUAUCGUUCGACUCGCUGUUCGGUUUGUCGUAUGAUAUAUAUGAUCGCAGUGCUGAGGGCGAGUAUAAGUUAAAAGUCAUGAUAGGCCAAGGAAAAGACAUCAUGUGCUUCGAAAUUGAGUCGAGUGUCUACAAAAGUGAUUGAAUGUCUCUGUGUUUAGAUGUUUGUAUAUAAAAUUUAUUGAAUAAAUUGAUGCUAAUAAA